UUUAAAUAAUUUAAAAUGGAAGAUUCAGACAUCACUACCGAUAAUCAAGCCAUUGAGGAGAUGAUUCUUGAAUACUUCAAGUUCCAUGACAUGACUGAAGCCUUAGAGAAUUUUGAAAAAGAACGUGCUAAAAAUAAGGAACUCCAUGAAGAGAAUGAGGAGUCCACCCUCAAUCAACUAUGGAGUGAGGAGAAUAAAUAAAGAGGCUAAGGAAAAUAUCAAAGAAGAAGAGCUAAAGGAGCUCCAGAGGCAGCACAGCUCUGUCCUCCAGUCAGCUAGGCAAAUUUUUUCCAUUGCUAUUAAUUGUCUACAGCAAUUGCAUAAUAUUAAGGAUGGCAACAGCAUGACUGAUAACUUGGGGGAAACCAUUGAGAAUUAUAGAAAUCAGCUCGGCAAAUAUCAUACUAUUCUAACCACACAAGGAAAAUGAGAUAGGUCAGAACUCUUCUCAGAAGCCGUCAUGAAUGAGCACAAAACCAAAUUCAUUGCAGCCAAGAAAUCCAAGGACUGGCGAGCAGUGGUUGAAGUUCUUCUUUCUCUAAGAGUAAAUGCACUGCAAAUAUCUCCAGAGCUCAGAAAGAACCUUGUGUAUGAAUUGAUUAGAAACGAUAUUUUUCUGCUACAGACUAAGCACAGGAAUAAUUUCCUACUUGACUUACUAAAUGUUGAUAAGAAGAGUUUGAGGCAUGCUUUACUUGCUCUCAUUAGUGUGAUUGUGUCGACUCUCAAAGGUGCCGAAUACAUCACCUCUAUUGAUGAGAAAAUUGUCGGUAAAAUCAUCGAAAUUCUCGAAGAAGAAGCCGAUGGUAGCGUCAACCAGCGAUUCUGAGUGGCCAUUCUGCAGAAAGUUUCCAUCAAAGAAGACACAGUGCCCUUCCUGGUCAAGAAGAACAUGAUCGCAUGGAUUGUCAAGCUGGUUGGCAGGUCUCUGGAGUCUGAAGUUCAUGUGUUCUGCUUGGACUUUGCAUCUGCACUGCUGGCCAACAUCUUGCAUGCAAAGUCGACUUCUGAAAGUUUAUCAGGAGACAAGAAGUUUGUGACUAAACUUCUCGAAACAAUGCUGAAGCAGAUCAGGGAUAAGAUCCCUACAUCUGUACUGAUGCAUCUCCUCAUUUGAUUAUCCUACCUUAGCAAGGAUGCCUUCAAUGAAUGCUGUGAGAAUGUAGGAUUCUUUGAUAGAAUCUCUGAGUUUGUUGAAUGGUACUCUAAAGUACCUACCUCUGACAGUGAAAACGGAGAGAUUGAUAAAAGAACUGUCCUUGAUCUAUGUGCUCACAUGUUUCAUCCAAAGGACGUAAGUAAUGACAUGUCACAAAGUAUGGAGUAUAAUGACAUGAAGCCAGAGGAUAAAAUCAGGGAAUUUGAAAACGAGCAAGGAGAUCUCAUCUUCGAAUGCUUCCAAGAUGAGGAAAAGAUGUUUGAAUAA